GGCUGGACUACAAUUCCCAGCAUGCACCGGGCUAGGGCGGCUGGACUACAAUUCCCAGCGGCCCCUGCAGCGGGUCCUGUGACUCCGUAGCCCGCAGAAGCGCAAAGAGGGAGCCCGGAUCGCUGCCUGGGGGCCCCCCACCAUGGAAGAGGUCGACAAGAUCCUCAUCCGCUCGCUCCGCCUCUCCGGAACGCAGGUCCCCGAGGAGGUGCAGAGCCUGCGGGAGUUCACCACGGAGCUGAUCGUGGAGUCGGUGGUGCGAUGCCUCCACGUCAUUCACCCGUCGCUGGGCGCCAGCCUCGGUCACGUGCUGCCCCCCGGCAUGUCGGCCCGGUUCCGCAUUGGCACCAGCCUGGCCCAGGCCUGCCAGGAGCUGGGCUACCAGGGCGAGGUCGGGUACCAGACUUUCCUGUACAGCAACGAGCCCGAGAUCCGGCGCCUCCUGCUGUUCCUGGUGGAGAAGUUGCCCAGGGAUGAUGCUGAGGACGCCAGGCAGCCGGCUGGGAAGUCGGCCGGGCUGCUCCGCGCCAUUGCAGCGAAGAUUAAGGAGCAGCUGGGGACACCCUGGGUGCCCCCCAUGUGCCGCACCCCCCGUCUACAGCUGCUGCAGGGCACCUGUCUGCUGAAGCCUUUUCAUGCCCACCCCUUGGUCCUGCCCCGCAAUUCGGGGCCGGUUGAGCGCCGGGAGUUUUUCGGGGGGUUCCUGCCCCUGGUGCCAGCUCAGCCCCCCCAGCCGGGCGCCGUGGCCCCGUCCCUGCUGGAGCGUCACGCAGGCGACCUGGGGGCGCAGCACGACUGGGAGGCCGACUGGCAGAGCCAGGGGCUGGCGUCUCGCCUGCCCCCCAAGGAGUAUGUGCAGUGGAAGCAUCAGCGGCUCCAGCGCCGCCUGCUGGACCAACUGCGUCAGGCCCCCCCCCCCCACGGCACCACUGGCCCCCCACAGCCAGGGGCGCCGGACCUGGCCCAGAUGCUGGGGCUGCUGAGCGCGGGGGGCACUGGGGGGCCCCUGGCCAAGGGGUCCCGCUUCAGCCAUGCCCAGCGCCUGGCGCACGAACAGGACCCUCAGGAACUUGUGGGGCAGAUGCAGGCGGCAGUGGAAACUCUCCCAUCCUCCAAGACCUCGGAGCAGGAGGAGCUGGCACGGCAGGCGGAGGAGCUGGCUGGCCUGCAGGGGGAGCUGCGGCGCCUGGAGGCUGAGAUGGAGGCCGUGGGGGGGGAGGUGAAGGUGCUGGAGCUUAGCCUCUGCCAGGCGGCGGCGGGGCUGUGCCAGCAGCGGCUGGCUCAGGGGGGGCGCGAGCGGACCCUGCUGGUGAAGCGCCGGGCGCUGGAGCUGCUGCCGCAGGCGGAGAGGAACCUGGCCGCGCUGCGGCUGCUGGUGGAGGGCAGCGCCCGGCGCCUGGUGCACCUGGCCGCCCAGUGGGAGACGCACCGGGGGCCGCUCGUGGAUCAGUAUCGGCACCUGCGAGCCGCCCGCCGCUCCCGCCAGCUGGAGUCGACCCGGCGGGUCUCGGAGAUCCAGGCCCUGCACGAGCGGAGCCGGAGCGUGGCCGCCGAGGCCCGGCGCAAGGAGGAGCUGUGCCGGCAACUGCUGUCGGAGCUGGAGUCGCUCCCCAAGGACGUGUCGCGGGCGGCCUACACCCAGCGCAUCCUGGAGAUCGUCGGCAACAUCCGCAAGCAGAAGGAGGAGAUCACCAAGAUCCUGUCGGACACCCGGGCCCUGCAGAAGGAGAUCAACGGGCUGACGGGGAAGCUGGACCGGACCUUCGCCGUCACCGACGAGCUGGUCUUCAAGGAUGCCAAGCGGGAUGAGUCAGUCCGGAAGGCCUAUAAGUACCUGGCGGCUCUUCACGAGAACUGCAGCCAGCUGAUCCAGACGAUCGAGGACGCGGGGGCCAUCCAGCGAGAGAUCCGGGACCUGGAGGAGCAGAUUGAGAGCGAGGGGGCCAAGAAGACCUUGGCCAACCUGGAGCGGAUCCUAAGCGACUACCAGGCCCUGCGGCAGGAGAACACGGCGCUGCUGGGGAGGAGCCGGGACCCCUGAGAUGGCUGCAUAUAACGCCCCUCCACUGGGCCCCCCCAUCCCCUUUCUCUGCUGUGGUGCCCACACCAUUCUCCACUCCCCCCGGGCGCCAUCCAAGCCCCCCACUUCCAGCCCCCCGGUAACUGCUGGGGUGUCUCUCCCCUGCCAACUGCUGCAUCAGCCCCCGCCGUUUCCCCCACCAAGCGGCAGCUGAGUCUGGGGCGCUGAAUUUUGCUCCUUUUAUUCCCCCCCCGCAGCCUGGGGUCAAGGCAGCUGUGGCUGGGGUGCAGCGUCCGUUCCCCUCCAAUUCCCUUGGUGGAACGAGGUCAAUAAAGUCCAUGGUUUUGCA